AUGGCCAAUGCCAGCAACGCAAAGGACAGCCCUGUCCCUUCGAUUUUCUCUUCCACUCGACACAGAUUCGGCAUGACCACCAAGCAACGCAACGAUGUUGCCACCAGAAUGAGCACAAUCCUCUCGAGCCCUAGCCUCUCCGGGAGUCAAAGAUGGUCGGAGCUCGCCGAGCGAUACGACCGCGAGAUCAAGGAGCUUCAAGAGGAAUGCCAAACCGCAGAGAUGAAGAGGGUCGAGACUGCACGUCAGGUGCUUCAGAGCAUCGAGGAAGAGAGGGCGAAGGUGGACGAGACGUUUCGGAAGCUGAAAGCUGAAGCUGUGUCGGCGAAGACGAAAUUGGGCGCGAAGAAGGCUGAAAUGGAGGAAAAGAAAAGAGAGAUGGAGGAGAACGAGAGGGUGGAACGUGAGCAGCUGGUGCGAGAGAGGGAGGAACUAGAGAAGCAAGAGGCAGAGCGAAGAGAGCGGCAGAGGCGGGAAAGGGAGGAGAAAGAGAUGAAGGAGAAAGAGAGGAUGAAAAGAGUCCAGAGAGAACUGGACGAGGCCAAGAGGGCCGAAGAGAAGGCUAGGCUGUGGGUUUCAGGGGACUGGCGAAUGCCCUCAGAAACGCAAGGGCGACGAUUCAAGGACUGA